AUGCAUAUUCGCACCGUCGCCGAGCCUCCUGCUUCUUCCAACAUCAACUCUAUCGGCAUGAUGCCCACGUUCAUUACCAGGGCUGUCAUUCAUUCAUUGUUCGCCUUUUCCUCUGCUCAAGCACAACAGCAGUACAAGCAGCCAGCUCCAGUCUAUGUCAUCCAGCCUGACCCCCAGCAAUACAUAGACUGGCAACCAACCACUACAGGACAGGGAGAUUUCCGGGACAGAAACACUUCAGUAACACCAUGGCAGCCUUCCGACAUCUUGGCUGCACUACUGGACUACCCGCGACCAGAAGCUUGUGGCGUUGACGCAUCAUCAUCCCAGCAAGACUUCUGGCUAGCUGACUUCGAAGGUGCCCAUCAAGGAAGCAGUCCUUUCUUGGUGAGUGGUCACUACUACCACGUCUUUCGAAAUGUUAGGGACUAUGGUGCGAAGGGAGAUGGCAAGACGGACGACACGGAUGCCUUCAAUCGUGCCAUCACGGACGAGUCUCGAAUGGGUGGCGGCAUGGGAAGCGGUGGAUCGACGGGCCAACCUGCCUUGAUAUGGAUACCGUCAGGAACAUACAUGAUCUCCUCGUCGGUACAGCUCUUUAUCGGUACACAAGUGAUUGGCGAUCCACUUGAUAAGCCUGUCAUCAGACUGUCAUCAAUUGCCAGGAAUGGCACCACGGCGAUCGAUGGGUACGACUUUGGCCAGCCUUCGACCAACAACUUCUAUAUUGGUCUAAGGAACGUGAUCAUCGACACUACCAAGGUGGCCCCUAAUGCUACUGUAUACGGAUUGAAUUGGGCAGUGUCUCAAGCUACCAAUCUGAUCAAUGUGGACUUUCGCAUGCCUGCAGACAGCAGCCAUAUCGGGAUCCAGAUGGAUGGGUCUCGCGGAGGCGGCGAUAGCGGUGGCGGUUCUGGCUUGUUUAUGGGCGAUUUGACCUUUGAGGGAGGCCUGAUCGGUAUUCUCUUCAACAACCAGCAAUACGCCAUCAAGAACUGCAACUUCACCAAUGUCGGAACGGGCAUUGCAGUGAAGCACGCCUUUGUACUCAAUCUGCAAGGAAUUCACUGCAAAGACGUCGGCAUCUGCGUCGAUGCAGGAGGGAACGAUAUCACCGGUUCUGUUGGGCUGAUAGACAGUACCUGCGAUACAUGUGGCACUGUGGUCAACGGUUCGAGCCAGAUCUUGCUGGAGAAUAUAGCUGUCAAGAAUUCUGGGCCAACGCUUAAAAUCAACGGCAAGUCCCGUGGGAUCUCUGACCUCAUCGGCAAGACCUAUGUGGAUGGUCAUGUGUACGACCAUCCGGAUGUUCGCCAAAAGAGCACCGGCAACACCACCAUCACCCCUGUCGCCUCAAAUGGAACCUUCUUGGACUACACGGAGCGCGGCAGUCUGACCGGAGCUGAUGGUCGAUACUUCACGAAGAGGCUGCCGCAGUAUGAGGAUCUUCCCGCCUCAGCAUUCGCUUCGAUCAAGGAGUGUGGCGCUCGUGGUGACGGAGUCACCGAUGACACCAAAGCCAUUCAGCAAGCAUUAAACUCCAACGCUGGCUGCAAGAUCACCUAUUUUCCACAUGGUGUCUACCUCGUAACUGACACGAUCUACAUUCCACCUGGUAGCAGAAUCGUAGGACAGGUGUGGUCAACAAUUACGGCCUCGGGAAAGCACUUUAGUGACGAAAAGAACCCACAGCCCAUGAUACAAGUAGGCAAAAAAGGGGAGGUAGGCCUCGUCGAGAUCACAGACAUGCUCUUCACAGUGAGCGAUGUACUCCCCGGAACGAUCCUGGUCCAGGUCAACAUGCGAGGCGAGAAUCAAGGCGAUGUGUCCUUCCACAACACCCACUUCCGUAUCGGCGGAGCAGUUGAUACUCGCCUAGAAACAGCUUGCCAGGAAGAGUCGAAGCCUUGCAAAGCGGCGUUCAUGGUGGUUCACCUCACGAAGCAGAGCUCCUCUUACUGGGAAAACUCGUGGCUUUGGACUGCCGACCACGAUCUGGACGGCAAAUACAAUCAGCAGAUCGGCACAGGCAGAGGCAUGUACGUCGAGGCCAGAGAGGGUACGUGGUUACUUGGCACAGGGAGCGAACAUCACACUCUCUAUGCCUACCAGUUCCAGGAUGCGAGCAACGUCUUCGCUGCACUGAUGCAGGUCGAAUCUCCUUAUUGGCAACCGGUUCCCCAAGCACCAGCUCCAUGGACGCCUGAUUCGAAAUGGAAUGAUCCAGACUUCUCUUCGUGUGAGCAGAAGAACGUUACGCAAUGCUACAUGCAAUGGGCUCUGCGCAUCGUUGGCAAGGAGACACACACUUUAGCGCUGUAUGGACAAGGAAACUGGGUCUUCUUCAAUGGCCCGAACUAUGGCGGACUGACGCUUGAUGGAGGUGUCAACGGACAGGUCAAUAUCGUUGACUUGCAAGACUUGUCGAGGGACAAUAAUGUGGCUAUCUACAACCUGAAUACUAAGAGUGUGCAGAACAUGAUCACACUGGACGGGGGAUCAGAGGUUGUCGCAACCUCCGCUGCCAACAGUGGAUCCUGGGGAGGUGUAAUCGCCGCGUACCUGGUCUGA